AGGUGCGUUCGCUCACUCGCUCCUUCCGCCUUGGAAACUUUGUUUAUGUCUUUGUCUCGGCUUUAGAUUAAACUGCGCAACCGAGGCCAUGGUGAAGAUAAAGAAAGAGUCAUCAGACCGGCCUGACAACACCGCCUUCACUCAGCAGAGGCUUCCAGCAUGGCAGCCCAUUCUGUCCGCAGGCAUAGUGAUCCCAGGGUUUGUCCUCAUCGGGCUCGCUUUCAUCGGCAUCGGAGUCGGUCUCUUCAUCACUUCACGGGACAUCCAGGUGUUGGAGAUGGAUUACACUGGGGUUGACCAAAGUUCAGACUGCAACAAGUGCACGGACCCAAAUACCAAGAACUGCGUGUGCAGCCUGGACUUCAACGUUGACACUCUUUUUAAGGGGCCCGUUUUCUUUUAUUAUGGUUUGACAAACUACUUCCAGAACUACAGGAAGUACGGCGUGUCCAGGGAUGACAAACAGCUCUUUGGAGACGUGACUAAUUUUGCAAAUCCCUCUACAGACUGUGCACCCUACAGGCUGGACAGCAACAACAAACCGAUUGUGCCGUGUGGAUCGGUAGCCAACAGCAUGUUCAACGACACCUUCAAGCUGUUUCAGAACAUCAAUGGGCGAAGAAACCUGGUGCCUUUUGACGGGAAAGGGAUCGCCUGGUGGACAGACUACAACGUCAAAUUUAAAAACCCUGAUGUCACGCCUCUGAAGAAUGCCUUCAAUGGUACUGUGAAGCCCAUAUUUUGGACUAAGGCUGCGUACGAACUGGAUUUUUCGGACCCAAAUAACAACGGCUUCAUCAAUCAAGACUUCCUGGUGUGGAUGAGGAGAGCAGCUCUGCCAAAUUUCAGGAAACUUUAUCGACGAAUCACGGAGGGGGAUUAUAAAGACGGUCUACCUGCAGGAAACUACACCCUUGAGAUUUCCUAUAACUAUCCUGUUCUGAGUUUUGACGGGAGGAAGAAGGUGGUGUUCAGCAACGUGUCCUGGAUGGGUGGAAAGAACGAUUUCCUGGGCAUCGCCUACCUCGUGAUCGGUUCCCUGUGUGUCGUCAUGUCCAUGGUCAUGCUCAUCGUCUACGCCAAGUUCAAGUUCCCAGGAGACGACUGAGUGUGUGUUCAUAGACUGCUGCGCCGUAACAGUA